UUUUAUAAGUCGUGUUGAGUAUUGAAAUGACGAUAGUGAAGGCCGCCUAAAACACUGGACACAACUUCGAGCCGACGUCGUUUUGCCAAACUCCUCCAACCACCUCCGCCGCCUAUCACCGCCGCUCGCCGCCGUUGACUCCCGAUUGCAGCUGAGCAGUAAGAGAUGAGCUCCGAAUCUUCUGAUUCGACGAAUGUGCCUGAUGUUAAGUCUAUAGAGACCAAAACGUCAACUUCUGUGGAAUCUGAUCCAAAUAAUGCUGAACGUGAUGCACCAUCAAAAUUCUCAGCUUCUGGAAUCUCCACAUGGGCAAAAAGUCUAAAAAUCCCCCAGCCAUUUACUGGAACACAGGAACCAUCACCUUCAGGAAACUCAGGGAAGUCAACCUUUUCACGUUUAACUAGUGGUUUGGGGUUGUCUCCCAAGUCUCCUCAAUCAGAAGAAAGUUCUGCUGCUUCUUCACCAACUACACCGACAGGCAUAUUGGGAACCAUUACAAAAGGAUUGGUCGACUCAUCCAAGAAUGCUGUCAAGGCUGUGCAGGUCAAAGCCCGCCAUGUUGUAUCUCAAAAUAAGCGAAGAUACCAGGAUGGAGGAUUUGAUCUAGAUAUGACCUAUAUCACAGAGAAUAUCAUUGCAAUGGGCUUCCCUGCUGGUGAUAUGAGCUCUGGAUUUUUUGGAUAUGUUGAGGGAUUCUAUCGGAACCACAUGGAGGAAGUUAUUAAGUUCUUUGAAACAUACCAUAAGGACAAAUACAAAGUGUACAACCUUUGUUCUGAAAGAUUGUAUGAUGCAUCUUUAUUUGAGGGAAAGGUCGCUAGUUUUCCAUUUGAUGACCAUAACUGUCCUCCUAUUCAACUGAUCAUAUCAUUUUGCCAAAGUGCGUAUUCAUGGUUAAAGGAAGAUAUUGAAAAUGUCGUGGUCGUGCAUUGUAAAGCUGGGAUGGCCAGGACCGGAUUGAUGAUUUCCAGUCUUCUCCUAUAUCUGAAGUUCUUCCCUACAGCUGAGGAAUCAAUCGAUUAUUACAAUCAGAAAAGGUGUACUGAUGGUAAAGGGCUUGUUUUGCCUAGCCAGAUUAGAUAUGUCAAGUAUUUUGAACGCAUACUGGCUUACUUCAAUGGGGAAAACCAGCCAGGUCGAAGAUGCAUGCUUAGAGGAUUCCGGCUGCAUAGCUGCCCGUACUGGAUUAGGCCUUCCAUUACAGUCUCUGAUCAUAAUGGUGUGCUCUUCUCAACAAAAAAGCAUCCAAGAACCAAAGACUUGUCGUCUGAAGAUUUUUGGUUUAGUGCACCUAAGAAAGGAAUAAUGGUGUUUGCCCUUCCUGGAGAACCUGGCUUAACAGAGUUGGCUGGUGAUUUCAAGGUCCAUUUUCAUGAUGGCAAAGGGGAUUUCUAUUGCUGGUUGAACACAACAAUGAUAGAAAACCGUAAAGUCUUAAACACAAGUGAUCUAGAUGGCUUUGAUAAGCGGAAAUUGCCAUCUCCAGGCUUUCAAGUCGAAGUAGUUCUCGUGGAUUAUGAUCCUGCUGCUGUUGCCACAAGGCCUCCAUCAGAGACUAGUGAAAAUUCUGGUGCCAAUUCGGCCUCAACGCCAAUCCCUGGUCCAGUCGAGGAAGCCACAGCUGCAGCUGCAAAAGACUCGAAGAAAGACAAAGAUGACGAGUUCUCCGACAGCAAUUCAGAGGAAAGCGCAUCCUCAAAAUCCAGACAAACUGUAGUCUCUUCCCAUGCCGCUGGGUCUGUUGCUGUGAAAGAUCCUUCAACUCAAAGCAACGCUGAUCCAAAUGAAAUUGCAAAUUUAACACGCAAGACUGAGCAGGUCGCGUUAGGAUCUUCAGCUACCACGCAUGCUGAGGCGGGAAAGGAAACUGGUAUGGGAACCGAAAUGUCCAGCUCAGCUGGGGAGGUAAGUGAGUUCAAGGCGAUGGCUGCUGAUGCAUCGAUUUUUUCAUUUGGAGACGACGAGGACGAGGAAAGCGAGUAAGGGGCAGUAUGGAAGCUUGUGUGUACAUAUAUAAGAAGCAUGUUUGUGAAUAUUCAUAAAUCGAGCCAUGAGGCUACAGUGCGUGAUGAAUUGAACCUUUUCUAUUGUUGCCCAAGAAAAUGUUAAUACAUUAUAUUCUACUUGUUUAUUUACUUC